AUGAUCCAUGGGCCAUGUGGACUCGAUAGACCUCAAUCACCAUGUAUGGAGAAUCAUGUAUGUGCGAAGAAAUUUCCCCGCCCCUUUACUGAGUCUACAUCAAUUGAUAAGUCUGGGUACAUAAUAUAUCGUCGCCGGAAGAACGAAAAUGCGAAUGUUUUAAAGGAUGGAAUUCUUCUAGACAAUGCUUCUGUCAUCCCUUAUAACAUAGAAAUCCUGAAGAAGUAUGCAGCUCAUAUAAACGUGGAAUGGUGCAAUCGGACAUCCGCUAUCAAAUACCUUUUCAAAUACAUCACAAAAGGAGUCGACAGGGCGACAGUUCUGGUUGAGAAAGGCCCCGACCCACCGCCAUCCGAGAAUGGAAGCGACCCCCAGACAUCCGAGAAAGGCAAGGAAAAGGUCAAGAAGGCAAGGAAUGAGAUAAAAGAGUAUCAGGACUGUCGAUACUUAUCCGCUUGCGAAUCCAUGUGGAGGACUUUCGCUUAUUCUAUACAUAAACGCCAACCAUCCGUCAUGAAGUUGGUUGUCCAUCUGGAAGGUGAACAUAAUAUCACUAUCAAAGAUACGGAUAACCUAGGAAGAGUUAUACAGAAGCCAGGCAUCGAAAAGACUAUGUUCACCGAGUGGAUGGUUCUAUGCAGAACAUCCGCAUUCGCCCGCACCUUAACGUAUGUCCAGAUUCCUGAGUUCUUCACAUGGAACAAUAGCUCAAAAGUCUGGUCAGAGAGAAAGAGAGGAACUUCAAUUGGUCGGGUUGUUACUGUACAUCCCGCUUCAGGGGAUCGAUACUAUUUGAGGAUACUAAUAAACAAAGUGAAGGGCCCGAGAAGUUACACAGAGCUUAGAACUUUCAACGGUGUCACAUACCCCGAUUUCAAAAGCACCUGCUGCGCACGAGGUCUUCUCGCUAACGAUGCUGAAUGGCACGAAAGUAUGGCCGAACUCAACACAUGGGGUACACCUUCUCAGUUAAGAGAAAUGUUUGUCACGUUGCUUAUCUACUGUCAUGUUGCUAACCCUAAGGAAUUGUGGGAUAAGUGCUGGAAAACCCUGAGUGAGGACAUCCUCUACAAGAAACGUAAGGAAUUCAAACACCCGCAGCUAGAAAUAGAUGAUGCUAAGCUCGAGCUGUAUACAUUACUUGAACUCGAGAAGGCUUUGCGGAACCAAGAACACACCCUUACGGAUUUUCCAGGAAUGCCUACUCCUGAUCCUCUCCUACUUAAAGAGCUAGGUAAUACUUUGUGGCAGCAAGAGCUACAGUAUAAUGUCGCCGAGGAGAAGAGUAGACAUGACACCCAGUACACGUUGCUCAACCGUGAACAAUUGGACGUCUAUCAGGCUAUUAUCGAGUCGACUCAAGAAGACUACGGGAAGCUAUUUUUUGUCUAUGGGGCUGGGGGCACAGGCAAAACAUUUUUAUACCAGACAAUCAUUUCGAGACUACGGUCAGAGAAAAAGAUAGUCCUUCCCGUUGCUUCAUCUGGAAUAGCAGCCCUACUACUACCAGGCGGCAGGACUGCCCACUCCCGUUUCAAUAUCCCAAUCGAUCUAAAGGCCACAUCCACCUGCCACAUUACACCUGGAACUAUGCUCGCAGAGUUAAUAGAAAAGGCAGCUCUAAUCAUAUGGGAUGAGGCACCUAUGACACACAGGCAUGCUUUCGAAGCCCUCGAUAAAUCCUUAAGAGAUAUUCUUUCUUUACAUGAUCCCAAAGCCAAAACUCUCCCAUUCGGCGGAAAAACUGUUCUUCUAGGAGGUGAUUUCAGACAGAUCUUACCAGUCAUCCCACAAGGCACCAGAGCUGAAAUUGUCUCUGCCUCCAUAAGUCAUUCAUAUUUAUGGGAAUCAUGCCACAAAUUCACCCUCCAGAAGAAUAUGCGCCUCAGCGAAGAUGAGAAAGAAUUCUCCAACUACGUCCUAAGAGUUGGCGAUGGGAACCCCCUACCUACUGAGGUCAAUGAAUUUGAUGAAGAUGAAGAAGAUCAGCUCAUUUCUAUUGACCGAACGUUGGUCGAGGAGGUCAGCUCAGAUCCUCUCAAACAAAUUCUAGAAGCUACUUACGGGAGAACUGACCAGUGGAAAGGAACCAAACAAGACUAUACAGAAAGGGCUAUCCUCACACCAAGGAACGAAACGGUGGAUGAGAUCAAUGAAUACAUGAUAUCUGAAGCUGACGGUGUUUCAAAGGAAUAUCUCAGUUCCGAUAGCUUCGGUAUAAUAGACACCGACUCUGCGAACAACGAGACAUUGUACCCAGUAGAGUAUUUAAACUCACUGAGCUUUCCAGGCCUGCCUGCACAUAAGCUUACAUUGAAAGUGGGUGCCCCUUUCAUGCUCCUAAGGAAUUUAAAUCAGAAGAAGGGGUUAUGCAACGGAACACGUCUGAUUGUCACUUACCUAGGUGAGCGUGUUAUUAGAGGUGAAAUAGUUACAGGCUCCCAUAUUGGACAUAAAGUGGACCUUCCAAGAAUCAUACUAUCGGAAUCAGUAACUAAACAUCCGUUCACUCUAGAAAGGCGGCAAUUUCCGAUCAGGCUAUGUUACGCAAUGACAAUUAACAAAAGUCAGGGUCAGAGUUUGAAAGGUGUCGUACUGUAUUUGCCCAAGCCCGUUUUCACCCAUGGGCAGCUCUAUGUUGGUCUUUCCCGAGUUACUACCAAGUCAGGCCUCAAAAUUAUACAAGGAAAGGAUCAAAAGAUAGGAAGGGUCAAAAACAUUGUCUACAAAGAAAUAUACAACUGUUUACCAGAAUCACGAUCCGAUGAUCACCCAGAGCAGGAUUCCCAGAAUCUUCAACAACUUCCUUUACCAUAAGAUGCAAGCUACCAGUAAGUCUUCCGGUCUGAAACUCUUCAAACCCAAUAAUGAACCUGUGCUAACAAAAUUGUUUUAAUCUAUAGGUCCGCCCGCAAUAGAAAGUGGCCGCCCUACAAGACCAUCCACAAUAACCCUACAAGCCAUCGUCUACGGCUUAUCUUAUUUUAUUUCUUUUUCGUUACCUACCAAUUACUAUUUCCUUCAGAGAAUUACUUAUUUCAACUGUCGAACUAUUUUCUUUUGCAUUUUCUAUUAUUUCAGACAAUUUUAAUUUAAAUUGUUUUCUAUAACAAUGUGCGAACUAAAUUAGUACGUCCAAGAUAACAAAACCUCCUCAUUUCACAUAGUCCCUGUAAAUUACUAAAAAUAACUAAAUUACACUUUCAAACACACCAAACUAAUUUACUACUACCACCUAUAAUUAUUGCCCGGCCUACUUAAAAUUUUUUAAAAACCAUGACAAUACUUAAAAAAAAAAACACACCCUAACUAUGUUCACUUCAAAAAAAUUUAAAAAAAAUUGAUCAAAAAAAAAUAAUUCUCAUCCUUAUCUAUGCAGCACAUCCAGCACAAGAUCAAAGCAACUGGAGCAACACCCUCAGACCUCAUCCAAUAAUCGUUAGGAUCCUUAGGGUCUGGCCCAUCACAAAUCACAAAAAUAAAGAUGCUUUCCUAGGAACAACUUUCAUCUGUCUUGACAUCCAGGUUUGUCUAAAUUUCAUAUUUUCAAUUAUUCCAACUAUAUUUCAAAUAAUUGCUUCUAACCACUCAACAGGAACAAAAAAUGGAGGGGAGGGUGCCUACUUCUACGUCUGACACAAUGUACCAACGCUUCGAGGAAGGGAAAAUUUAUCACAUUAGUUAUUUUAAUCUCCUCCCCAAUAACCAACGUUACAGGCUUACCGAUCAACCAUACAUAAUCAAUAUCAAAGAAACAACAACUAUUACACUGAUUCAAGAAAACAUUCCACCGAUCCCUUCAUACAUAUUCCACCCCCAACGCUACACCCAGUUGUUCAGCUCAGCAAGUGAAACCGGCUUCCUACCAGGUAAAAAAAAACCACAAAAACUCUCUCACAUUAAAAAUAAAUCCUACUUUUUUUAAAAACAACCAAAUUAUUCCUACAGAUGUUGUCGGCCGCAUUUGCCUCAUCCAAGGUAGUGAUUUAUAUAACCACUACACAGAUUCAAAAAUCAUCAUUGGAUUGCGUUUAGACAGGUACAAACUUUUAAUAAAGUAAUAAUUGGUUUACAACUAAACAAAAUCUAAUACAAUAAUUAUUUGUAGAUCAAAUUUGGUACGUCUAACUUUAUGGGACAAGGAGGCGUCUAAUUUUAGGGAGUUAAAUGGCAUAUCAACAAGGAAAAACCAUGUCGCAAUCAUCACAAGUAUCAUUCCACGGAUACAUGAAGGUAAUAAACUAAACAUAAACUUCACAAAAAACAAAAUGCUAACAAAUAUUUCACCUUUUUCAGGAAAACUAUCACUCACAGCAACACCUGGAACGCGCUUCUACUUUAACAACGAAAUUGAAAUCAUCCAGCGCUUCCAAAAGAGGAAUAAACUGCUAUCCUAAGCCUCAUAGCAAACGCCACCAGUCUACUUUUAAAACAUUUACGUUACAACUUCCUUCAUUAAUUAAAUUGUCACACACAAAGAUUAUUUUCUCAUUCAAGUAUCGAAUUCCUCAAAACUAUUUAUUAUUCAUUCUUACAGUUGUUUUUUUUAAUAAAAAAAAAUAGCACUGAACUUCUACCCUGUCUAAAAAAACAAAACUUAACUUAUCCUUUCAGAAACCAAAAACAAAACAAUUUUAAUUCACCUGAUUUUUAUUAAACAUGUAAUCCGCGCGCAGCGCGGACGCCGGCCCUAGUUGAAAUAAGUAGUACAGUGGCUUUUUAAUGAUAAUUAUUUGUUGAUAAAAAAAAAGAUAAUUAUUUACAUUUAUUAUUAUCAUGUGUUUAUUUAUUUGAAAAAAAAGUUGUUUAAAAGUUUUUUUUUGUUUUAAAAUAAAGUUUACAUUUAUGUAGCUUUCUAUUGUAUCAUGUCUUCUCGAACGUUUACCAAUUAGUUCCGAGUACAUAAAUAUUACUAUUACUCUAUUAGUCUUAUUUUCUUCAGACUAAUCUUAUAAAUUAGGGUGUGACUGGUUUUUCCGCUACCAUCCGCAAACGCAGCUUUUACGGUUGGUAACGGUUGUUGGCGUUUUGCAAUAAUCACUCAAACUGCUCUAAACCGCUUCAAAUCUCAUAAAUUCAAAAGUUGGUUUCAACUAGCGUUUUCGGUUUGCGGACGGUUACGGGAAGAUAA